CUAUCUUCACACAAGUACUCAUAUAUUCGCCACCUCUCAGCCCUAGUAGAGAUAAAGCUUCAUAGCUGGGACAAAUACUACUCAUCCAGCGCCUCCAAUCUGCGUCUUCUGUCGCGAUGGAUUUCGAAGAAGAUCAGCCACUGUGGGAUGGAUCGCGUCAAGAGGAAGAAGACGUCUACUUUGGAAAAUUUGGUUACGCAGAGGGGUACGAGUCUCCGUAUCACCCUAAUAAUUCUCCAACACCAAGAUACGACAUUGGUCUUUCUUCCAGGUCACUCAAUCCUGGACAAAAUCUAACCGGCUUUUCAGCAUCCCAAUUCAAUCCCUCAAGGCAUACUCCAUUCCCGCUGAUCUCAGACUCUCAUUCGCUCCUCACCGAUCUGGCCCUUAACCGAAGUACAAGGCAAUUCACUCCCGAAAACUCACUUGCCCGUGACCAUUCAGCUAUUUUGCAACGGCAGCAAAGCGAAAAUUAUGGAGACGAAAUUUGGGAAGAUGAGGAGUUUGUGGAAGCAGUCAAUGAGAGCUUUAAUCAUGAGAUUGAUAAUGCGAAGGAGUAUGAUCCUGUAAUCACUGCAGAGACCAUCAGAAGUCGAGAAGAAUUGAGGAACAAGGCAGUCUUCAACAAGAAUGGUAAACCUCUCGUACCAUUGUCAAGACUUCCUAUAGACCAGCGCAAGUUAUUCAAAUUUCCCUGUUUCAAUAACGUCCAGAGCGAAGUAUUUGACGAUGUAUAUCAAAGUGAUGAGAAUCUGGUUGUCUCGGCACCCACUGGUUCCGGAAAAACAACAAUCUUCGAACUCGCGUUCCUCCACAACUUAUCAUUUAGAACCCCCGACGACUCGCUCAAGCCUUUAGCGGUAUAUAUCGCCCCCACUAAGGCUCUUUGCAAUGAAAAGGCCAAGGACUGGCAGGAGCGGCUAAGUCAAGCUCUUCCGGAUGUGAUAUGUAACGAAAUAACUGGUGACUAUGGCAAUACAUCCACAAUCUAUAACUCUAUCAGGACCGCGGAUCUGAUGGUAACUACACCAGAGAAAUUCGACUCUAUGACGCGUCGAUCCAGAAAUUUGGAGAAUAUGUCUCAACGUCUGCGAUUAAUUAUGAUUGAUGAGGUCCACAUCUUGCGCGAAAGCCGGGGUGCCACCUUGGAAGUUGUCAUAUCUCGUCUGAAAGGACUUGGUAGGGGCAUACGCUUUGUAGCGCUCAGCGCAACAGUGCCAAAUAUCGAUGACAUCGCUCGUUGGCUAGGACCGACCAGAAAUGAAUAUGGCCAACUUUCAAGAGGGGUUCUUGUCGGAAGGGAAGUGAUCAGCGCAAAGGAAAAGAGGGCACCGGCAGUCGACGAUAUGCCCAUGGCCAAAGUCUAUAAGUUCGGAGAGGAAUACCGGCCUGUACCUCUUCAACGUGAAACUUACGGCAUCGAGUCCACCGGAAAUGAUUGGGCGCUCGCCAAUAGACUUGAUAAAGAGCUCUUCCCUAUACUUUUGAGGCACGCAGCUGGCCAACCCGUCCUGGUUUUCUGUCCUACACGCAAGUCAUGUCAAGCGACAGCAGAGUCAAUAUUUCAGUCCUACGAAGAAGCUCGGGCAAAGGGCUUAAAGUUGCCGUGGCAACACCCACCAGGCGUCCGACUUGAAUUGCAAGAUAAGAAAUUAACUGAAUUGUCCACCUGUGGCAUUGCUGUGCAUCACGCCGGUUUAGACUAUGGUGAUCGAAGAGCUAUUGAAGAUGGUUUCCGCGACGGUAAGCUUCAUAUGAUCGCGUCUACCUCUACGUUGGCCGUGGGUGUGAAUCUACCGGCGCAUACUGUAGUCAUCAAAGGCGUGAUGGCUUGGCAGGGUGCAUCGUCUGGAUUCCAAGAAUACUCAGACAUUGACAUUCAGCAAAUGGUGGGAAGGGCUGGCCGUCCCCAGUAUGACACCUCAGGUGUUGUGGUGGUCAUGUGUGAGCGCUCUAAAGUGCGGAAGUAUCAAUCGAUGUUAAAUUCUCAAACAGUCCUCGAAAGCUGUCUACAUGAAAAUCUUACCGAAUAUAUCAACAGCGAAAUUGGCCAAGGAACUAUUAGGUCUGUCUCAUCAGCCCAGGAAUGGCUCAGAAAUUCGUUCUUCCAUAUUCGCAUCCAGCAAAAUCCUAAACAUUAUGCUCUGUCCGAUGCAAAAGAUAAGCCUGUUGAAGGUGCUUGGGAAGAAUGGCUCGACCAUUACGUCGAGAAAGCCCUUAUCAAUCUUGAAAAGGAUGGCUUUAUUGAACGAGCCGAUGACGAUACACUCAUCCCUACAGAAACGGGCAAGAUCAUGAGCAGCAGUAUGAUUUCAUACGGCACCAUGUGCUCGAUCAAGGCAAUGUCUCCUGGAUCGACCGUACAAGACCUGUUAGAGAUUUUGGCUGGAUCCACAGAGUUCCAAGACUUGCGAAUCAGGCAAGGAGAGAGUGGUUUUUUAAACAAGCUUCGGAUCAAUGAAGAGAUCCGUUUCCCACUCGCAGAAGCUGUGAAGAGCUAUGCCGAUAAAGUCUUUCUUUUACUUCAAGUGACUUUCGGAAAUAUCAUCCUUGAGGACAUUGCCAAGAAGACAGAACUCACCUCACCAAUUCAAACUCUUAUGGCCAUCUACAACCAUGCCCCUCGCAUUGUCAAAGCUAUUGUACAGUUCACUUUGAAUCGUGAAUACGGUAUAGCUGCGCGCUCGGCCUUAGAACUCCAUCGAGUAGUUGUGGGUAAAGCUUGGGAAGACUUGCCCACCAUUUUCCGUCAGAUCCCUAGCAUUGGCCCAAAGUCCAUUCGAGUCCUAGGACAAAACGGCAUCACAAAUUUUGAUCAGCUUCUUGACGUGGAAUCAGAGAAGAUACAGUUAUGGUUGAAUAGAGGGCAUGAUUUCGCUCGCGCAAUCCAUGAACAAGCUCGAAGAAUGCCACGAUUCCAUGUGACUAUGGAGGAGGAAAACAUGGAUUACGAUGGAACUUAUAAUGUUCUCAACCUGCGCGUGAACAUAACCCCCAAGGCUAAGGUCAUUGCGACAGAAUCUAGAGGCAAACGUGGCGGCUUUAUAACGCAGUAUAAUCUCUCGACUUUGUUCUUAAACCAGAGUGGAGGAUUCAUCGGCUACCGGAGAUUAGAGCUGAAGAAACUAAUAAAGAACAAGGACAAUAGCUUCAUCAUAGCAGUUACGCUGAGCAAGCGCUGUGAUAGUGUUGCUGCGAUAGUCGGGGUCGAUGAGGUCGCUGGUUGCUCGACAGUAAUUCACUACAAUACAAACUUGGAUGACUCAGUAUAUCCCGAAGAUUUGGAGGAUGAUGAAAAUGUAGAGGAACCACCUUCACAGAGAACCCUUGUUGAGCCUACUCCAGAGCUGGAAGAGGAAUUGCUUCCCAACGGCAAUGUUAAAUGUCAUCACUCAUGCAAGGACAAGCUAGCAUGCCAGCACGUUUGCUGUAAAAGUGGGGUACCUCCAAGGAAACGGAACAAGGCAGGUGCAAGAGCUUCGGGAAGAAGUAAUGUCAGAACGGCCGCUGACCGUAUUCGGGAGACACAAUACUGCGUGGAAUCACCCAGAGAAGAAUUAAGACCAGUAGGGAAAGCCGUUCGAAGGAUACGACAAGGUUCUCAGAUGAGUCGAUCCCCGUCCCCUGCUUCAAAUGUACAAGCUGCCAAUCAUAAAGCAGCGAUUGUUUCAGAGAUGCAACCGAACACAAGAGCCGUUGAACGUGUACGUGAAGCGCGUAUCGUCCGUGGUCCAUUAUCUUCUACAGUUGCAAUUGAGCCCAGAUCGAGAAGCACCACGCCAAUCGUACCGCCUAAAGCAGUCAAGAAUGAGAACAUUGCGAGUGGACAGAUAAAAGAACCAUUAUUCCUGCCAGGAUCAGACGACGAUUACAACGCGAGGCACCAUGAGAAUGAUCCUUCACGGAAAGCUAUCGCUCGCUCCAAAGCAAUGAGUGGUUCGACAUCAAGGUAUUUUGAUCAACCCAAGACAUCCGGCAAGGCCAAAAAUGCACUUUCUCGCAAGCCUCCAACAAUGCCAGUUACGUCUUCUGCCUCUCACCCUUCCAUCCUGGAUUUAUUGCCAGGACAAGCUACAAUCAAGAAUAACAGCGAUGCCAAUUCUCACGAUUUAGGACCUAUCCACGGCAACUUCUCUGAUGAUGGCUAUGAAACAGUGCGGGAGAGCCCCGAGAUGAAACAUUCAAGGGUUUUCCCGCACUCUAAACCAUCUAUCGACUGGUACACAGAAGAGAUCGUGCAGGACGAUCCCGAAAAAUCCACGGAGGCCAAUAAAUCGCACGUUGUAACCAACGCGCAGGCACCUGAAAAUUGGGAAUUCAAUAUUGAAGAGAUGUUUGCAGACAUCAGCGGAUCCCCAUCUUCUCCAAAACAGCUAGAAGAGGAGCCAAAGUCAGUUCUCAAUAUAAAUCCUAGCCCUUCGCUCAAGCAGCCAGCACGACUCAUCAUUGGCGGUUUCGGACGUCCAUCGAUAAAACGGCAAAGGCUCCAUGAGGACCAGCAUUCAAGCAAUUAUUCGCUUGCCCAACCUUUCGCUCAAUCAGAUAAUCCCGAUAUCUUACGUGCAAAUGAGAACGGGCCUACGGCACAAGGACCUUCAGCCUCAAUGCCGCAGAAUGAGAUGGAUGAAUUUGAAGAUUGGUACAUGGGGGAGGGCGGAUAGAAAAUGUGGUGGAUUGUAUCAUAGAUCUGUGAUAUAUUCAAGCGUUAUAAGUACAUCUCUCACUCAACAUGCAGCAUGCGAUAUGCUCUGG